AUGCAGUUUGUUUUUUCGAUUCUCUCGUUUAUUUCACUGGUUUUGGCUGACUAUGACGUGAAUAUUGAGAGGCUGAUGGGAACGUUUGCGUGUCGACCCGAGUGCACAUUCAACCACACUGAGAUCACCUCAACAACCGCCCGAUUCUUCCCCCGAUCGUGCUUCAGAGUCUGUGGAGUAUUGGUGAUCAACGAGAACACCGAUCUGACCUUCGAUCAACUCAAAAAGCUGUUCAACAGAAUGACAGCAUUUUACGGAGGGCUUCAAUUUAAGAAUACGCAAUUCACAAAUUUCUCCAUGUUCUCCGUUGAUGCCGGAUCAAAUGUUUUCGACUUUUCGUGCAAAGCCUACGGUCUAACGGUAGUCAAUAAUUCACAGCUAACAACCUUGGAUUUUCUGGAUACAAUGUUUCUUGUCUUAGACGAGAGAACAGAAGAAUGCCCGUUUUUAUUUGAGAAUAAUGAGAAGUUGGAUCUGACGAAAACUUGUAGAAGGGAGGAUAUCAAAGAUUCGUUCAAGUUGAAGACCAGUGGAAAUCUUGUGGAUUGUGGGUGCCGCGGGGACCUUCUCACUUCUGAUACGCUUUUUGAUCUUCAAAACUGCACAAUUUUGACCAAUCUGAAUAUGACUAAUAUCACUGAUAACUACGCCGAUUUGCAUCAUUUGUCAAGUGUCAGAAGGCUACGAGGAGACAUUGAGAUUCGAAAUACUAAUUUCAAAAAUUUGGCGUUUUUGAAUAGUGUGAGAAAGUUCGAGACAAAAAAUGGCAUGAAACAUGAGAAGCCGGCCGUUAACAUACAAGAUAACCCGCAAAUGACAAGGUUCGGGAUUUCUACAAAAGCGGUGAGUUUGGAGGAUCUUCUGGAAGGCCCAUUCAUUAUUAACUUGGAAAACUUGCACCCAGACUUUUGUCUGACUUUUGAGGAAUUUCUAUUCUUUUUGUACAACAAUAUAUCCUUCAAAAACCUUGACGCAACCUAUUGCGAUAACGAGACCCAAAUCUAUGGGGAACCGAUUUGUGAAUUCAAAACCAUGAGGGAUCUGAAAUAUGGAUGCAGUUAUAUUAUUGGAAAUGUGAUGAUUGGUCCGGGCGAUGAAGAAUUCGUAUAUAAAUUGAAGGAACUUGAAGUUUUAUUCGGGAGCUUGACGAUACGAAAUACUACACUGAAAAAUGCAAACUUUCUAUUUUAUUUGAGUUUCAUUGUGCAUUUGGAAGAAGAUCAUGUGAUGCAAAUUAUGUUAAAUCAGAAUUUAGAAGAUUUGUAUUUUCCUUAUUUGCAGAAUAUUAUUACAAAACACACUUCCCGGACUGCAGUAGUUCACAAAAAUCCAAAACUCGUUGCUAAAAAACGAUUUAUAUAUCCGAUCAGUUAUCAAACUAAUUUAGCGCUUCUUGGUGACUUUUUCGAAAGCUCAACAACAAGGUCGUAUGCUACAACUUGUGUGAUUUUUAUAUUAUUAUUGAAAAUAAACUUUUAG